CUUUUUACGACCGGCGCAAACAGACAUCAAUGAUUGGCACAGCACACAGCACAGCCAGCGACAAGUAAGCCACAAACCUCCACCACCAUGAAGUCCACAGCAGAAGAGAUCGAGGCCGCGCUGGCCAACUACCGCAGAGUCACAGCCGAGCGGAACAGGCGCGAGCUGCAAGUCUUCGUCGACGCCAUCGUGGGCGCCGGGUAUGCCGACGAGGAGACGGCAGCCGAGUUCACCGAGGAGGAGAUGGACAAGGAACGGAUGGGCCAGGUGGCCGACCUCGUGGAGGACGAGCUGGACUUCCUGGCCGGGCCGGCCGAGCUCAUGGGCCGCUACGAUGAGCUGGCGGCGCGGCUGCGCCUAGAUGGUACCGUGGGCGGCGAUCUCGACCCGGAGGCGCGCGCCCGCAGUGUCGAGCCCUUCUUUCAGGCACUUGAAUCCGCGCUGAAGGAGAAGGCCCCCGCGGACGUCAGGGAGAUCAUCUCGGCCCCGGAGGAGUUCCGGGUGCUGGGUCGACAUGUCACCGGCAUCUGCGGCCCGGGGCUGCCCCAUGAGCAGACGAUGUAUCCCAAGAGCUUGUGGACCAGCGAGGGUGGGGUGGAUCAUGCCACUAUUUCCUCUCGUAUAUUGUCGCCUGAGGACACAAACCUAGAGGGUGAUUUUGGCGGAAGGAUCGCCCUAGGAUGGGAGCCAGGCACGACAAUCGAAUGCCAAUGGAUUUGUGUAUUUGUACAGGAGGAGGAUGGGAGUUGGACUUGGAAGUUUGUCUAUUGCGAGGUAGGGCAGACGCAGGUGUUUGAUACCAUUCCGGACUUGCUGGAAUGGUUCCUGCGGUACACCGAGGAGGGCACGCCGCUGCUCGAGGGUGUCACGGCGGAAGUCGUGAUAGAUCGUGGGGUAUGGGAUUUGAAAGUUCGACGAUCUGUUGAUGAAGCCCAGGAAGAAGAGUAACAGAAAGCGAUAUGUUUACUCCCGGGGGGGGGGGCAGGUUCUGGUCACAUGCCCUCAGUGCCGUUCUGUCUGAAUUCCAAUGUUGGUGGCCAAAGUUUAAUGGUAGAUGCGCCAUGUGCACUUAAUCUUUA